AUGGAGAAAGCCUUGGAAUUGGACGGAGAAUAUCCAGAAUCUCUGAGAGAUGAAUUCAACAUCCCCACUUUUAACUCCAUGGGACUAUCGUCCGACGAUAAGCCUGUGACGUACUUAUGCGGGAAUUCUUUAGGUUUGAUGCCGAAAUCAACUAGAGAUUCAAUCAAUGCUGAACUAGACGCAUGGAGCAACUGUGCUGUGGAAUCACAUUUCAAACACCCUGAAGAAGCCAAAGGAAAGGCGCCUUGGGUCAACAUUGACUUACCCAUUCUUCCUCUAUUAGCCCCCAUUGUGGGUGCUCACGAAAAUGAAGUUGCAGUGAUGAAUAGUCUCACUGCGAAUUUGAAUUCUCUAUUAAUUACAUUUUAUAAACCUACUGAGAAGAGAUUCAAGAUCCUUUUUGAAAAGGGCUCCUUUCCAUCAGACUACUAUGCUUUCUACAACCAGUGUAAAAUUCAUGGAAUCUCCGAACCUGAAAAUGUUUUUAUUCAAAUCGAACCACGCGCGGGAGAGACUUAUAUCAGAACUCAAGAUAUUCUGGAUACCAUAGAGGUGAAUCAAGAUGAACUAGCGCUGGUCUGUUUGUCGGGUGUUCAGUACUACACGGGACAAUAUUUCGAUAUUGGCCGAAUCACCUCAUUUGCACAUCAAUUCCCCGGGAUAUUGGUUGGAUGGGAUUUGGCACACGCUGUAGGAAACGUCCCAUUGCAACUUCAUGAUUGGGGUGUUGACUUUGCUUGCUGGUGUUCUUAUAAGUACUUGAAUGCCGGACCUGGUGGAAUUGGUGGCUUAUUUGUUCACUCGAAGCACACUAAAUCAGACCCUACCAAAGAGGCUUUGCCAAGAUUAGCUGGUUGGUGGGGUAAUGAUGCUACUAAGCGGUUUCAAAUGCUGGAAGUAUUCGAGCCGAUUCCAGGAGCAUUGGGAUUUAGGCAAUCUAAUCCAAGCGUUAUUGAUACAGUAGCAUUAAGAAGCUCAUUGGAAUUAUUUGCAAAGUUUAAUGGCAUUGGUGAAGUUCGCAAAAGAUCUUUAUUGCUGACAAAUUAUAUGAAGGAAUUGUUGGAAGCCUCCAAGUAUUACAAGCACCCUUUAAGAAUGGGAAAAUUACCAUGCUUUUUCACAAUACUAACACCAACUGGCACGGAUGAAGAACAUGGUGCCCAACUGUCACUUUACUUCGAUUCUGAUAUUGGAAAAGAGGAUAUUAUGCCCAAUGUUUUCCAAUAUUUACACGACCAUGGUGUCAUUGGCGAUGCGAGAAGACCAAACGUGAUCAGAUUGGCACCUGCUCCCCUAUAUAAUACAUUCUCAGAUGUUUACACUGCAGUGAAUGCGCUAAAUGAGGCGAUGGACAAGUUAUAG